AUUUUAUUCCUAAACUCUUUAUGGUAUCAGAGCCCUCAAUCAAAUACGAUUGAAAGGUCUCAGCUAUGCCUUCUUCUACCUCCACAACUUUCAUGAUUCCAACCAGUGAUUCUUCCUCUCAACUCAUCUCCCUAAAUGCCUCUUCUCAAAUUCCCAUAAAAUUAUCCAAAGAAGGCAGUAACUACUCCUUUUGGAAAUCCCAAAUUACAAAUCUACUGUUUGGAUAUGGUCUUCUUGACUAUGUCACCGGAAAAAAAUCUUGCCCCGAAGAAAAGGAUCCAGGUUACGAACUCAGGACACGGCAAGACCGGCUCAUCCUGUUGGCUAUUCAAUCAACAGUUGCAGGUACAAUCAGUCCUAUCAUCAACUCAUGCUCUUCUUCGGCUGAUGCUUGGACAAAGCUUGAAACUAGCUUUGCUAGUUCGUCCACUACACGAAUGAUGUCCCUUCUUUCUUCUUUAAUGACUACAAAAAAAACCGGCAAAAGUGUUACCGAAUACUUGGCGGUAAUGAAGACUUUCAUUGAUGAUUUAGCAACAAUUGGCCAUCCUCAAAGUACCGGCCAAAUUGCUUCAUAUAUUCUUGGAGGUCUUGCCGGUGAAUUUAAGGAUUUGGUAGGCGCUAUACGUAUCUUACCCUCUCCUCCAACAUUCGAACAACUCCAAGACUUCCUUCGUGAAGCUGAAACUUUAGCCGGGGAAUCAUCGACAACAUUUGACGUCCCUAUUACUGCACAAUUCUCGCAGCGGCGUAAUGGUUCUCGUGGACGUGGUGGACGUGGCCGAGGAGGCCGUUCUAAUGACCUCUCUGCGAAUUCUCAUCAUAACAAUAGUGGACACCUUUUUUGUUAUGGCCAAAAUUCCCGAUUUGGUCAAAAUUCAUUCGGUGGUCAAAAUUCUCACAAGUCCAUCACUUGCCAAUUAUGUGACAAGGCGGGACAUUCUGCAAAAACGUGCUAUAUUAGAAAUUCAGCCCAUCCUACUGCCAACCUUGUUAGUGGAGGAGGAGAUAUCUCUCCAAAUAAUAAUUGGCUUCUUGAUACAGGUGCCACGCAUCAUAUUACUUCUGAUCUCAACAAUUUGCACGUUCACUCAGAUUACAAUGGUGAUGACUCUGUGGCCAUGGGUGACGGACUUAACAACCGGGGUAUCCUUGGCCCACGGCCGGAGUAACAACAAUCUUUAUACAUGGUCGUCCUCUCCCCAGGUUCUUCAUACAACAUCUCAACUUUGGCAUCAACGCCUUGGUCAUCCAUCAUCAUCCACACAACGUCAAAUAAAGCCUACUCACACAAAAAUUCCUCCCUGUGAUGCGUGUCUUCAAGCUAAAAGUCACAAACUUCCUUUUUCUACUUCUUCAAUAAAAUGUACUCAUGCAUUUGAAUUUAUUUAUUCUGAUGUAUGGGGACCAUCCCCAGUUCCAACAGUUAAUAAUACUCGUUAUUAUGUUAUUUUUGUGGACUAUUAUACCAAAUACACUUGGUUGUUUCCCUUGAAAUACAAAUCUGAUGUCUCUCUUGUCUUUGACAAA